AUGGCAAGUGAGGAUGAGAGUUUCCUAGUGCUAGUACAUUACUCUGAGAAAAUUCAAAGAAGCAAGAAAUACGGUUUAAAGUUCACUGAUAGAGAACCCUUUAGUAUAUUUAUCAGUUCAUCAAGUACCUUGUCAGAUCCAAAGAAUAUCAUAUUGUCAAAGCUUAGGGUAUUUGGCAGCAAGUGGGUGAAGAAGUUAUUCUAUAAGAUUUCCAUCAUAAUUGUGUCAACCAGUAUUAAGUAUGAUAUUCGGGUUCUGUUUCAUUGUCUUAGGAGUUUUUCAGAGGUCAGAAUACAUGAGUUCUAUCUGAAGUUGGAGGUGGGUGUCGAUAGUUAUGGGGCAUCAGCUCCCGUUUCUCACUCGACUGCCAUGGGUGGUGAUUUAGACCAUACGGAGGCAGUUGGUUCUGUACCUUUCGAGAAUCAUGGGGUCCGGCAUCAGACAUAUGAGGUAGAUAAUGGUCCUGGCAUUAUUCCUGAUGUUCUAAGGUUCGGGGAACCUGAUCGAGUUGAGAAUGCAAUAUCGGAUGGUAACUCAGACCAGGAGUCUGUUGAUAUAAUUGGGGACAUCGAUGAUGAUACAGGUGCCAAUCUACAUACACAGUAUGGCCCUUCAAGUUUUGGCACACAGCAGUACCCUCUGCACUUCUCCACUUUAAACUUGGAGGGCACUUGGGAGGUUAGGAGGUACAACGGUCUGCAUACUUGCUUGGCCACCUCCAUCUCAAGUGACCACCGACAGCUUGACUACCAUGCUCUCACUGCGAGGAUCUAUCCGUUGGUUAGGACGGAUGCUGUGGUUAUGAUCAAGGUCUUGCAGGAAGCAACGGAAGCCAAUUAUAGAUUCAGGCCUAGUUACAGGAAGGUUUGGAUGGCAAAGCAGAAGGCAAUAGCACAGAUAUACAGAGAUUGGGAAGAGUCGUAUGCCGAGUUGCCAUGUUGGAUGCUAGGGGUCCAGUCUACCAUGGCCGACACAGUUACAGUGUUGAAGACUUCUCCGGAAGGCAUUCUUGUUAUCUCCAACAGGCAUAACGGCAUCAAAACUGCCCUUGAGGCCCCCGAUGGUGGUUGGCUACCUCUACGUGCUUUUCGAGCGUUCUGUAUUCGUCAUGUGGCAGCGAAUUUUAGCCUGAGCUUCAAUGGUCAAGACGUGAGAAGAAUGUUGGUGAAUGCUACCUAUGCGAAGACCGAAGCAGAGUUUGAUUACUUGUUUGACAUUAUGCGGACUGAGAAUCCGGCUAUGUGUGAUUGGGUCAAUCGGAUGGAAUAUGACAAGUGGACCCGAUGUCCAUGCUUAUGUCCGCAAAGCAAAAUCAGUGAAGACCUGUGUCCCAACAUCCCCGAACAACUAGGAGCUACCCCCAACAUCAAAGGUGCCAUGAGCUAUCCCUGUGUCUAA